AUGUCCACUGACGUCGAGCUGGACCGUGGGUUCCAUGCCUGGGCAUACCUUUUCAGUGCAUGGCUUCUCGAGUUCCUUGUCUGGUCUUAUCCCUUCUCUUAUGGUGUCUUUCUCAACUACUACACUUCCCACGAGCCUUUUCAGGGCACUUCUUCGUCGCUCCUCGCCCUUGUCGGGUCUCUAUCUACAGGAUUAAUGUAUUUCGCCUCACUUAUCAUCCUUCCCGUAUUCUCGCGAUUUCCAGUGCAUAAGAAGAAGGGAAUGUACAUAGGGCUGGUACUAUGUGUCGCAGGUUUAUUUGGAGCAGCUUUUGCAAGAACACCCGGUGUUUUACUAUCAACGCAAGGAAUUCUUUAUUCAGUUGGUGGCAGUUUGUUAUAUUUUCCUACCAUGACAUAUACGUUUGAGUGGUUUUCUGAAAGAAAAGGAUUGGCGAACGGCAUCAUCUUCUCGGGCUCUGGCAUUGGAGGUGUCGUGAUGCCAAUGGUCAUCAAGAGUCUCCUGUAUAAAUAUGGCUUCAGGACUACUAUGCUAGCUCUAGGAGCUGCCUUCACCGUUUUUACCCUCCCUGCACUGCCGUAUAUCAAGUCGCGAGUCCCACCUUCCCAAGUUGUCCACCAUAGACCCAUCGAUACCCAAUUUCUCAAGUACAAACCCUUUUGGAUUUUGCUCACUGCGAAUUUAACUCAAGGAUUGGGUACAUUCCUUCCUACAUUGUAUCUGCCAACUUUUGCAACAGAUCUAGGAUUAAAUAACGCAGCCUCCGCAGGAACCUGGGCACUGUCAUUGAUGAACGGUACUUCUGCGCCGGGUUGUGUUUUCCUUGGCUAUCUUUCCGACAGGUUUGAUUUGCGUAUAUCCAUCUUCCUGUCCGCGCUCGGUUCUUCCUUCGCUGUUCUAUGUAUAUGGGGCUUCACUACCCACCUCGCUACUCUGCUUGUAUUCGCGGCCGUCUACGGCUUCCUUGCGCCCAGCUGGUCUGCACUGUGGACCAAGUUUGCAUCAACAGUAGGGGGUGACGAUCCCCACUUGUCAUCAAUGUUGAUGUGUAUCUUCAUUGCCGGGAGAGGCGUCGGUAACACUUUAUCUGCACCUAUUUCAUCUGGAUUGUUACAUCCAUGGGCGCUCACUGGAAAGUCUCAGUAUCCAUACGCAUUGAAGGGAUAUGGGCCUUUGAUUCUAUUCACCGGCACAACACUGUUGUUGAGUAUGCUCGGAGUCAUAUAUCGUCAACUCAACACAAAGGUACUGCGCAUGAGGAUACCCAGAAGGCUCAGACAUUCGAUGUCAAAACCUCGUAGUGAAAUUUAA